GUUUGCCUUUUUUUAGUCAAUUAUAGUGACAUUAGUCUAUAUUGACUAUGUUAUACACCCCUUUUUUGUUGAGAAUUGACUGACUUUUUAUAAGAGAUUGCUGGAAACAUAAUGUCUCUGAACACAAAAAUGUUGUUUCAUCUCAAACAACUGCAUUUGACAUUUGGUUACAAAGUAGCACACAGAUUCAGAGCUUUUCCACUGAGCUACUGUAAAUUAAAACAUUUAAGAAUUCAGUUUUGCCAUUCAGCAUCAUUGUCAUCAGAACAAUUAAAACUAGCUUUCCCUGAAAGCAGUGCUUGUAAGAAAAGAUAUGUCCUGGGAAUUGAGACCAGCUGUGAUGACACUGGAGCAGCCAUUGUUGACAAUCAAGGCAAUGUAUUGGGGGAAGCUUUAUAUUCACAGCUAGCAAAGCACAAUGAAACUGGAGGAAUAAUUCCAACAGUAGCUAAAGAACUUCAUAUACAGCAUGUAGAGUCUGUUGUGCGGGAUACUUUAAGUGCAGCACAGAUGCAACUUCAGGAUUUAGAUGCUGUGGCAGUGACUGUAAAACCUGGCCUUGUGAUGUCCUUACGUGUGGGACUACAGCAUGCUCAAAAGCUUGCACUUUCUGUUGGGCAACAACUGAUUCCAAUUCAUCACAUGGAGGCCCAUGCUCUCACUGCUAGAAUGAUUGAUAAAAUUGAUUUCCCUUUCAUGGUACUCUUGGCUAGUGGAGGUCAUUGUUUGUUGGCUGUAGCUAGAGACAUUGAUGAUUUCUUGUUGCUUGGAUCUUCUCAAGACUCUGCUCCUGGGGAAGCAUUUGACAAAACUGCCAGAGAGCUCAAUUUGUUUACAUUGUCUGACUUUAAUGGCUUGUCAGGAGGGGCAGCCAUUGAGAAGCUCGCUAAGGAGGGAAAUCCUUCAGCAUUCCCUCUUGUACAUAUCAUGCCAUCACGGGCCACUUGUCAUUUCUCUUUCUCUGGUCUCAAGACAUCAGCCAGAAAUUUGAUAAAAAAAGAAUAUCAAAGGCUAGGCACACCAACAAGUGAGCUCCUCCCUAAUGCUGCAGACAUCUGUGCUUGGUUUCAGUAUAACCUUAUGUAUCACAUUGGGAGAAAACUUCAAAGAGGUUUUAUCUUUGCAGAAAUGAAGAAUCUCUUGUCCACAAAUAAAACACUGGUUGUUUCUGGAGGGGUUGCAAGUAAUGCAUACAUCAGGGCUAACCUCAUUCAUGUUGCUUCCUUGUAUGGCUAUAAGGUAGUCUGUCCUCCAACCAAACUGUGCACUGACAAUGGCAUUAUGAUAGCUUGGAAUGGCAUGGAAAAACUUCUUAGUGGACGCAAUUACUUUCAUGAUGCAAAUACUUUGGACGUAUCAGCCAGGUGUCCUCUGGGAACUGACAUAUCUUCAGAUGUCGGUAAUUGUUUAAUUAAACUUCCAAAGCUGCAUUUAAAACAAUCAUAAAAUACAAAAUACACAAGUGUAGCUUCAUAGUCUGCUGUAAAUAUUUAAGGCAUUUAAAAAAUAAAUGAAAUCACGAAGUAUUACUGGAGAGGAGUAUUAUCCCUUGAUUUAAUUUUGUCUUGUGAAGUCUGCAUUUAAAUAUAAAUAUUUCAACUAAUUUAAUAAGUAUUAUUGUUUAUAUUUCAUUUAACAUAUGAAUUACCUCUACUUGUAGUUGUGAAGUGUACUUGCAAAUUGUAUAAAAUGUCUCUUGACUCAUUAAAGAUAUUGAAUAA